ACAACGUCAUCGACUUCAUCGACCCUCCGACGAAGCUGUAUUUUCUGCCGGGCUCGUAAAAUCCGAUGCUCCGGAGGCCAUAUUUGCACGGCCUGUCGAAAUCGCAAUAUAAAUUGCGUCUAUGGUCUGGAAUCUCGCAAGGGUCGGCCUAGGAAUAUCAGAAAGGGGGUUGCUGAAGCCGGUCUUUCUUUGGAGGGAGGUAUCCGGAAACAUGACGAUACACCUACCCCGCGCCGGGGCCAGACACUUGGGGGUGAAUUAGAGCAGAUGUUCGACGAGUAUUUCAUUCGCAAGUUGGGUUCGCGUUCGAACUUGUUUCAGAAUUCUAUCGCUUCCUUUCAGCGACACGCGCAACAGCAGCAGCAGUCACUCUCUUCCGAUCAACAAAAGGAGAAUCCCCGCUCCACGCUCAGCUAUGACGGGCUUCUAUCCUUCCUCGCCCAUGAGAUGGUCGAGAUUUUGCUUCUGCGAGUCGGGCACUUAGGACGCGAGAACCCGGGUUCUGGCCAGGUAAAUUUCUAUAUCACCUCCCUGGCUACAGACACUACCCCUGCCAUGUUCGACCGGCCACAGCGAGCUAAGAAUCCCAUCAGUGCCCUGGGACAGCAUCGGGUGAUGCAACUAGUUGACAUAUGGUUUCUCAUGCAUCCUCUCUCGUCGCUGGUGUCCAAGACCCUGCUGCUCAGCGCACUCAGAGACAGGACGGUGGGCGAGGCUCUUCUGGCCAUCAUGCUGGCAGAUGCAUGUGAGGUCUUUAGCGAUUCCAAUAUUGGACUAAUGUCGUCUUCGAAUGAUGAUCAGGAUCCUAGCACACUGGUCCAAUAUGCGGCCGACGAGUUGAAAGCCCGUCCGCUUCCACUCCCAGAGUCAGCCACCCUGUCGACAGCACAGGUCAUGAUCUUCUUAGGAUGGCGAGAGCUAUCUCGGAGAUAUGCGUGGCGCGCAACUUGUUACAUAAGAUAUAUAUGUCGCAUCGUAGCACGCCAACAUCAACAGUGGCAGAAACAGAACAGACAGGAUGGCGCGAAGCUGAACGGGGUGAACAUCGCUGAUGUCGAAAAAGAGAAAUUGCAGAACCUCUACUGGUUAUGCCUGUCCAGCAUCACCUGGUCGUUCAUGCAAAUUGACCAGCCCUUCUCGCUUCUUGGCCCCGGUGGUCUUCCUGGUUUUCCUAGUAUGGAUGAAACUACAUCAGCCGUCCUCCGUCUCGACCAGGCCUCUGGUAACAUCUCCACGCUGCAUUUUCAGAUCCAGACGAUGCGCUGGCUGUGGCCGCUCAGUCAUGUUACAAGCACUGUUGCUCAUAUCUACACGCUCUACCUGAAUACCCACCGUAAGCUCCAGUCCGCACACCUAUAUAUGCUUCCAUGGGAGAUCCGGGACAUUCUUGAUCAGGCCAUUAAGCUGGUGGAGCGGGAGAUUACCACACCCAACUCACAGUGCUUCCUGUUUACUGCUUAUCACACCAUUAUCAUUCACAUGGUAUUCUCCCCGGGGCAGACUACAUCUUCCAUUGUUGACGCGUUCUGCGAGUCCACCUCAGUCCUCCUAGAAAUUGCCCAGCGCUUUCCAUCCACGCUGCCAUCCGGUCUAGUGCCCACCCAGAGAACAUACAGUACGAACACACUAGCCCUGACACUUGACGCCUGUAGCCGUGCGUUGGUCCACAUAUGCAAAGAAUACGAACGGCAAUCUAUGGACACCACGAAUCAAAUACGAGAUAAACUCGCCGGUCUUGCAGAGCAACUGCGCGAAGUGUGCAAGGCGGAUUUUAUGGCACAGUGUAUAUCAAUUGUACGACCUGUCAAAAAACGGCUCAAGCGCGUACAAUUGGCUUACAAGUCCCUUGGUGACGCUUCUGCGCCGAUCCUGGAUGAAGAUCUGAACUUUUCCCUCAACUUUGUCUCGUGGUCCGACCUGAUAAAUCCGGUCCUAGGAGACGAUCCAGCACAAUUGGAGUUUGCUGAUCCGGGCUUUUUUGUUGAUGAUCCGGUCUGGGGCUCCUUGCUAGGGUUUCCGGGCUUUACCCAG